CCCCCUCAGGCCUGGCUGCGAAGGCGACGGAGUGAGCCCCCUGUGGGGGAUUGGGUUUCUUCUCGCUCUGGUUGGCCAAGGUCAGUACAAGAUCAACUGGUGAUGUUGGAUUCUGUCUUGGCCCUGAAGAUUGGAGUGGCUGACCUUCUCAGGGCAAUCCUGUGCAUAUUUACUUUGAAGUAAGCCUUGCUGUAUUCAGCUGGGCUUUCUCCCUUGUAAGCAUGUUUAGGAUUGCAGCCCUGUUCAACCCCUUCCUCACUUCGCCCAGUGGUGCAAGCCCAAGUGCUCUGUGUAAAAAACCAGGAAAAAGAGAGAAGCAAGUCACUGCAAGCCUGCCCCUGAAUUAGGUCAGAAUUUGUCCAGAAACUGUUCGGCUCUCCUGUGCUCAGCAAUUCAGUGUAUGGUCUUCAUUUUCCAGCACUGCAGUUGCACACGACAAAAUCUACCAUGCAGUUCAGCCAGGAAGACUUUGAAAAGGCCAAAGAUCAGCUGAAGCAUUUGAAGGGGGAUCCUGGCAACGAAGUCAAGCUGAAGCUUUAUGCACUAUUUAAACAGGCUACUCAGGGGCCCUGUAACACUCCAAAACCAAGCAUGCUUGACUUUGUCAACAAAGCCAAAUGGGAUGCAUGGCAAUUGCUUGGCACUUUGACACAAGACAGUGCCAGACAGAAAUACAUUGAGCUUGUGUCAAGUUUGGUGUCUUCGGAAUCUUCUCAGAUGCAAGAGACUCCUCCUGGCAGCAAGCCUGGCUAUGAAACGCUAGAGGUUUCUACUAAAGACAACAUCACAAAGAUUGUGUUAAACCGCCCCAAGGUGAAAAAUGCUGUCAAUCAAAAGAUGUAUAGUGAAAUUAUUGAAGCACUUGAGGAAGCAGCAAAGGAUGAUUCUGUAAUAACAGUUCUGACAGGUAAUGGGGAUUACUACAGUAGUGGAAACGACCUGAACAACUUUGUGAAUCUCCCAGCAGGUGGAUUAGAGGAGAUAGUGGAGAAUGCUGCAAAGCAGCUCAAAGACUUUGUCAACCAUUUCAUUGAUUUUCCUAAGCCAUUAAUCGCCGUGGUGAAUGGGCCAGCUGUUGGGAUUGUUGUAACUGUCCUUGGGCUGUUUGACAUUAUAUAUGCUACUAACAGGGCUACAUUUCACACACCCUUUAUCAGCCUGGGUCAGAGUCCAGAAGGAUGUUCCUCAUACACAUUUCCUAAAAUUAUGGGCGUAUCUAAGGCCACUGAGAUGCUGCUUUUCAACAAGAAGCUGACUGCUGCAGAAGCCUGUUCACAAGGGCUUGUGACCGAAGUCUUCCCUGAUCAUUCUUUCCAAAAAGAAGUGUGGACACGGCUGAAAGCUUAUGCAAGCCUUCCCAGAAAUUCUUUGGUGAUCUCCAAGCAGUUAAUACGAGGAAUUGAAAAGGAGAAGCUUCAUGAAGUUAAUUCCCAAGAGUGUGAAUGUCUCAAAGAAAGAUGGCUAUCUGAUGAGUGUAUGAAUGCCAUUACGAGCUUCUUUCAGAAAAAGUCAAAGCUCUGAUUUCUUGCCAACCAGGCAAAAUAAAAUUUCUGUAAAACAUUUUACUUUAAGAAAAAAAAUCUAAUUAAAUUAAUAUUUUGGAUACAUAUUCAGAUUGUGCCUUGAUACUGACAAGUGUAAUCCGUUUAAUGUACUGAUGACACAGUUGCUGCUAAUGUCACAAAGCUUUUUGUUUUUUGGAAUUUCGAUCUUUUAUACUUGGACAUGAAUUUGUGAUGCCAAAAACAUCGCAUACCUCUCUCUGGACAAUCAGGUGGGAAAGCGCUCACUGCUUUGCAUGCAGAGCAGAUUUCUUUGAAUAUGACGAUGACUGUUUGCCUUCCAAAAGGGGUCACUGAUUCAAUAUCACCAAAUUUUGCAAGCUCUUGAAUAACUGAUUGCUUGUCAUAGUGGCCUGACAUACUGUUGGGUGUCCAUCUAUUGUGGAGGGGGAAAAGAAGAUAGCAUUUGGGUUAGUAAAAAAAUUGAAUUAAAAUUUUUUGUUUACAAACGCCUGUGGUAACAACAAAUACUUGACAACUUUAUAGCAGUUUUAUGUAUUUUUUUUUAAUUCAAAUACUUUUUUUUUUUAAAUUUGAAUUUUUUAAAAAAAAAGUAUUUAAAAAGUAUUUGAAAGUAUUUUGGUAUACAACACUUGCUCAGUGUCUUGGGUUAAUACAGUCCUUUUGAAAACUGUGGUAGGCACUUGUGGUAUCUUUGGUCUUUAUAUUUGAUUCCAGAAUCAAUAGAAAUAUCUCAUCAUAAAGCUGGGAAUCUAUACAGUCUGAAACCAUGAAUGGAAGGCUUUAAAAUUAAACAAUAAAAGCUGAAAGGAGAUGUGUGUGAGACAGUGAAGGUUUACUGAAGAGUUUCAUUCUGCAACCCACCCACCCCCGAAUCAUAUGUGCGUUGCAUGAGUUGCAACUUGUUCAGCAGAUGUUAAGGGCAAGCUAGACAAGAUAAUGGAGAUCUAUUUGUGAGAUCCAGAUGGAGGUCAUGGUGCUGCAGAAGGGUUAGCAUUUGGCUAUUUCCUGCACCAUUUUUCUACUGAACCCUCCCCCCCCCGCCCGCUGUAAUUUGUACCUAGGGAAAACAUACAUGUAUGUAGGCUAUACCAACCAUGGUCCCAAUCUCUGUUGGAGGAACCUCCAUGGCUGCUAUUGGCCCAAAGUUAAAGAGACCUGAGAUCAAAUCAUGGAUCUCUGUCUUACCUAGUUUGGUCAUUAGCAUUUAGCUAAAUCUGAUCUUAUAGCACAUGUGGUUCUACCUAAGUUUUUGUUGUAAGCCAACAGUGGGGAGGGAACCUGUGGCGCUACAAUUGUUGGUAAACUCCCAUCAGCCCCAGGCAGCAUGGUGAAUGUCAGGGAUGAUAGCAGCUGUUGUCAACAUGAAGGGCCACAGGUUCUUCCACCCCAGCUAUAAGUAAACUUAAUUGCAUCUUUCACUUGGAUUAUUCUCUGUUCUGCCAUAAUGUUUCAGUAAUUUAGUAGGGUAGGUGUUUACAGAUCUGGGAGUAAGUUUUGCUUAUCCUUGUGCUAAUUUUUUUCACCACACUGCACACUAAAAGCUAUUCUUCCAAUUCAUGCACAUGUUAUGAUCUAUUCAAAGUUAACAUCGGUAAAAUGAAUAAUAAUUUCUAUAGUGCCUCUAUUCUACAAAAUUAUUUAUAGUCCUUAUUUGAUUCAUGUUCAUACUAACACUGAGACAGGUAAUUUAAAAAUUGGAUUUUAUAGAUAUGGAAUGGAACCUGUAAGAUAAGAUUUGUCCAUGACUGAAUCUUCAGUGAAGCCUAUCCCAAGUGUUCAACAGUCUGUAUAUCAGAGCAUAAUUGGACUUCAUGUGCCUUGCACCUAUGUGUACAAUUUCAACCAUUGUUAUGUAUUCAAGGGCAUAACAUGAUUUCAAUAAAUGCUAAAUAUAUCCUAUUGCAA